AUGUCUCCUCAAGAUGACGACUCGCCCCGCAGUUCCCGUCCUCGCGCGAGCACGAGCUCCUUUCCACAGUUGCCCUGGCGUCGACCCAGAUCAGGCUCUGUCACAGCACCGACGCAGCCUGCCCCGCCGACCCCUGCUCUUACCCUAGAGGCGCUCAUUGAAGCUCUUACACCGCCAGCCGUGCCCUCGCUCUCCCAUGCACGGAACCUAUGCAACGUGCUCACUACCCAAACACCAAGUCCUCGCUACGCCGUCCUAAGCCCGAUCGUGGCUUCACUCUCCUCCUCUGAUUCGCCUCCGUCCCUGCAAGCCGCCGGAUACGAGAUACUGGGCACGUAUUGGAAGCAUUCCGGCUCUUCCAUCCUCACUACUGCUGAUAGGCUCUCGUGCUUAUCCUUGUUCUUCAACUCGGCUGUUCCAUGGUCGACUGAACUCUGGGAACCGCGCUUCAACGCUCUGGUCGCGAUCAUCCAGUCAGGUGCCGAGACGGUCGAGAUGGAGAGUGACCUCCUCAAGGUACUGCGGUCGUGGAUAGAGGGGGCAUUUGAGGGGCUCACGCGCAGAGAGCCGCCCUCUGCGGAUGAAUGGGAGGAACGGGAACGCAGCGUAAAGCUCCUGACCGAUUUUCUGACAACCCUGGUAGGCAAGGCCGAGUUUGUGUCCAGGCUCUCAGAAGAGGACACGUCCGAGGUGCUCAAUCUAUGGGGGAGGCUGAUAGAUCGUGCGCUCUCUGUCUCUUCCGAGUCUUUUCCCUUGCCGUCGAUGCCAGCUUCUCCGGUGAAUGACGUACAUGCGUCGAAGACGACUUCGCCGAGCAGGUUGCACUUGGCCCACCGGCGGCAUCAAUCGUCGAUUUCCAUCUCUCAGAUGAGGGAGCGGAGGCAUCCAGCCGACAUGAUCGUUGAAGCGUACGUCACGUACUUGGCGACGCGGCUCACUGCCCUUGCCCCACACUACCUCAAAAGUAUUCUACCUCUUCUCUUCCGCUGUCUAGCGUAUUAUUCCACUCCCCUGCCGCGCAUAGCGCUGUCGUCGAACCCGCUCCAUCACCAUCCCCUCGAGAAGCUUGUCACACAGACGCUCAAAGAUCUCGUUUCCGGCCCGUACUCCUCCUCCUGCACGAUCCUCGUCAAACGUUACCUCUUCCCGCCCCUGCAGGCCUGCGUGAGCGGCGACGCACAGAGGUCCGUCGGUGCGCUGCGCACGUUGCGCCUCUCCAUUCGCGAUACGCUCUCCGGACGGCUCGUGCGCGCGUUCAUCACACGAGCGAACGCCACGGAGUACACGCCGGCGGGGGUGCUGACGCGCAUCGACCUCGAGCAGGACUCUCUGGCGCGCGCGUACGCACAGGACGAGCUCGCCUCGUGGGAUUUGCUGAAGUUCCGUGGCGUGCUCUGCCGUGCGAUCAAGGCGUGGGUGGAGGCGCCGGAGGAGGGCGAGGGCGAGCAGGGUGCGCCGACGGCAGCGCGGGAGCAGGUGCUCACGGAGGCAGCGAACAUCGUGAAGGACGUCGUGCAGGCGCUCGAUGCGCGGGACGAAGACGAUGAAGUGGACGACGAUGAGGUGGAUGCGGUUGGAGACAUUCUUCGCGCUCUCGUCGUGUAUGUGCAGCAUUUAACGGACCAUGAUGGCAUGCCCGUAGUACUCUCGCUUUCGCGCGUGGACGAUACGACACCCCUCCUUGCGGCGAUCUCGACCCUCCUCGGACAGGAUCUAAACACGACUGCGAUCUAUCCCGUUCUCCCGGGCAUCCUGCUCUCCGUCGCAGGCCACAUUCCGGAUGCGGAUACCGCAAUUCUGCUGAAGACGAUGUCGGAGCGUCAGAGCCUGUCGCCGAUGUCCCCUGGGUGGCUCGCACAUUGGAGCAGCGUCCUCGCGAUCCCGGGUCUAUUCAGGUCAUCGCGCGUGUCAACACGAGAGCACGCAAUGUCAAUAUUAGACGCGGUGUGGGAGUUCGUGAAGGACAUCCCGGACUACCGUCGGCCGCUUGCGAAGCUUGUGUUCGAGUUCUGGCAGCAGCAGACAGAAGGACGGACGGAAGACGUUGCGAUGAGCGUCGUGUUCCGCGUCCUCGGUGACGAGGUCAUAUGCCGGAGUGCGGAGAGCAACGCGGAUACGAGCGGGGAGUCAGAGGAUUCCCAGGUCGCCGAUCAAAUUCUGUACUUCUUAACGAGACUCGCGGGAGAGAGGGAGGAUGAGGAGGAUGACGCGGCAUCCAUCAGAACGACGGAUGCGCCUAUGUCGAUGUCCCCGCAGGCGUCGCAUAUGGCGUCGACCGCGUCCUCGCCGACUCUGGUAAGGUCGCAGACGGAGCUUCCUGUGAGGGAGAGAGACGGAGGACUACCGUCUUUAUCGGCGAUGUCGUCGUUCCUCACCAACACAUUCAAUACCGGUCAUUCCUCUCGUUCGCAGUCACAACCUCGGCCGUCGUUAGACAGUGCACCCUCGACGGAGUCGCCGCCCGCUUUACCAGCAGAGGCGCCGUCGAUGCUCAAGUCUGUGGGUGCUGUAGCGGCACUAGCGUCUGUCUUCAGUCAGCUCGCGUUCACACCACUCGUACACAUCGAAGAAAAUAUGCUCCUCGCCAGACGUGUUUUCGAAACCUUGAUCGAGCUCCUUGGGACAGCGGAGUGCAUCCGAGCGAGGCUGACGAUCCUGCAGUUCAUCAUGCGCUUCCGCGUGGAUCGGGACCAUAAGCUAUACUACGCAAGCCGGGAGAGUUACGACAAGGAUGGGAAUAUCGCCUCGCUCGCUGCGCUUAUCAAUCGUAAUCCUAACCAUCCCGCGACCGCCGAACAAGUGACUCCUACCCAGGAGGUCCGCACGGCGCGUCCUCGAGUUCCGCAGGAACGCGACGGGAGGAGGCCGUCCCGGGGUAGAGGCGGACAGCCGGCGAAGAUGGAGUCGCGAAGCCGUUCAAGAACGAAUCCGCGGCUUGUGUCCGCGCCUGCGUCUCUCCGCCAGUUCAAGGCGAGAGAUCCUUUGUGGUUGCUUCCUGAAACCCCACCGUUCACCAUCGACCUCGUCGAUACUCCGAGCGAGGUGAUCAUGUCAUAUGACCCUUCUGGACCGAAGGAUGGCGUCGUUCUUCCGUGGUCGAAGUACCUGCGGAGGCUGGUCGAGAUGGUUGAAGGCGAGAAGGAGUGGGAGGUCCUGUCAUAUGUGCUCUGCCACCUCCCGACACAGCUUGCCAACAAGCAUCUGUUCUGCGGGCCGAAGUCGAAAAUCGUGCUGGGCGAGAUGGUUCAUGCCAUCUGUACGGGCAUCCUGAACAACAAUCUAGCCGGGCAUAUCGAGCGUUGGCCGGACAACCUCAUUCCGAGAGAUGCACAUGGUCUGGCGUAUCAUACGUUGACCGUGUUGAUCAGCUACAAGCGCUGCUUCCCGGACUUACAUGUUCGGCACCUGGUAGUGGAGGCCUUUCUGCAGGGGCUCAGCGGGCAGUCGUCUACGAUCAAGUGCUGUCUGCAUGCAUUGUCACUGUCUGCGUUCGAGUUACAGCCCUCGAUGACGAGGUAUUUGUCCACGAUCCUCAAGAAGUUGUCGGAUAUCAUGUCGAAUCCGGCUAUGGCAGUUCACAUCAUCGAUUUUCUGGCUAUCGUCGGGUCCGUUCCUACCCUACACUCGAACUUCACGGAAGACGACUACAAGAUGGUCUUCGGCGUGGCGCUGCAAUAUCUGCAACACUACAAUCACUCCAACGACAUGCCUAUAUCCGGGGCUCUGGCGCAGCAUGUUCGAAUCAUGUCAUACUACAUCGUCUACCUCUGGUUCCUCGCGGUGGACCUCCACGACCGCCCUCGGCAUAUCAAGUACAUAUCGAGGCAACUGUUGCUGGCAAACGAGGGCAGAGAGGAGAUUGAUGAACCUACGGAAGUGUGCUUUGACUGGCUUGCGCGCUACACAUACGCCAGUGCCGAUCCUCGUCCCGCCGAGUCGAUGCUCAACGACAUCGUCAUGAAUCCCAGCGUGCAGCAGCAACACCACGAGCCUGCUGUUAGCGAGAAGUCCUGGAUCGGUGGUACUGCCGUCAUCACAGUGCGCACCUUGGCUAGGCGUGGUUGGAUGGAGGUGAUCACCCGCCGCUCAUCUGGUCUCACGAAGUUCCUCUGCAGAGCGGAGAACGUCCCGAUGGUACCCGUUGGGGACGUUGACCCCGACAUGGCUUCCGUUGCGGCGACAUUGACGCUAGACCGAGGAUUCCAUAGCAGAGGUGUAGAGGAGUGGCACGAGAAUCGUCAUCGCAGGGUGAAGAGUCUGUCAUGUGAGUUGAGAUUCUCUGUAUUAAGGACUUCGCUCAUAUGGGCCCAGCAUGAGCUUCAGAGCAACAUGGGCGGUCCCACAGAGGAUGAAGCUUUAAAACCAGACCCUAUCACCGGUUACAUUUGGAGCGGGUCUGCUCCGUCGCAAAGGCGGAAGAAUGUCGCCAUCGAUCCAGCCUAUUUUGCCCUGCAGCUCUCCUCUUAUCCUGACAACGUCUCCUCUGCCAAGCUGCGUCCAGUGACCGAUUCCAAUCGACUGCAGAGCUUCUUUCGCAGUCUCGACCGUAUGCCGGUGAUCGACACGCACAAAGUCGGCAUCAUGUACGUGGCGCCGGGCCAGCGAGAAGAAAGCGAGAUCCUCCGUAAUAGUCACGGAUCGCCUGCCUACAGCCGCUUUUUGGAGGGUCUCGCACGGCUGAUCAAUCUUCGCGGACAGAAAGAUGUCUACGCUGGAGGGCUCGAUCCAGACGAUGACGGCGAGUAUGCGUAUGCAUGGUGGGAUGACACUGGCCAGAUCCUAUUUCACACGGCGACGCUUAUGCCUGCUUCGGACGCGAACUGUCUGAACAAAAAAGCGCACAUCGGAAAUGACUUCGUUCGGAUCGUCUGGAACGAUUCGGGCAUGCCUUACAGAUUUGAUACCCUGGCCACGCAGUUUCAAUUCGUCAACAUUGUCAUCGAGCCUCAUUCUCGCGGUGCCAUUGCCGCGUUCUCAAACAACCUGCACGAGAACGAGUACUUCAAGGUCAUCGUGCAGCGCGCAGAAGGGAUGACGGAGUUCACCCCCAUCGGUGACUUCAAGCUGAUUUCGGCCGAAAAACUUCCGCUUCUCGUUAGGCAGUUGAGCCUGCUCACCGACUGGUUUGUAUCCGUGUAUCAACAUACGAAGAACGACACAGAACGGACGGAAAUGGUCACGAACUGGCGUUCGCGUUUGCAGGCCAUCAAGAGGUUCCGCGCGCAGAUGCUGUCUCAGCAACCGUUCACCGACGAUGUCGCAAAAGAGCAAGGCCCCAAGGCACAGCUGUACCGCGACUUCACGACGAUAUAUUAG